UGCACUCACAGGUUUCAAUUUCAGCAUGCGCCUAACUGUAGGAGAGAACCGUUGAGCAUCAGCGUCAGGAGUCCUCCAAUAACUCUCUUUGAAGGGCCCUCGUGGCCCAAUACAGAAAGGUAACUUGUUUGUUCAUAGAGAAAAGAAAGAACCACGUGAGUGUGAACGCGUCUGAUUGGUUAGCUGUAAUUAGAAGUGCCUUUUAAAUGUCCAUAGAUCCUCGUGGGAUGUCUUUUUGCAAGAUUUGACUUGAAAACCAGUGUCAGAUUAAACUUUUCAGCUGCAUUAUUCAAUUGAAACUUUUCAGCUGCAUUAUAUCUCGUGACCAAUGUUUCAUAUGGCUUAGUAACAUGGGUUUAGUCAUUCCUCACGUGGUUUAGGACCCCACCACUUGCAUAUGUAGAAAGCUAGGUUCCAAAAGAUAAUGUGAUGCAAUAAAAACACUGUAGGUGAAGACAAACUUUUCCAGCUUAUCCUCUCUUAUUGAUAUCCUCAUUGCUUCACAUUUAUUAACUUUUCAACUAACUCCAGCUUUCGCUCUAGAUUUUUUUUAUGUAUCUGGAACAUUCUUUAAGCCUCUCUCUCUAUAAAUCCCUGAACCCUUUUGCUGUUACUCACUCAUAGCUGUUAAAGGAACCUAAAAUGGCGAAAGUUUUAGAUCUUUCUCUGGUUCUCUGUGUUCUGUGUGUGUCCACUGCAGCAAUAGCCAUGGCAAGAAACCUUGGAGAGGAAUCUAGCGAUGAUACUGAGUUCAUCAAAUCCUCUUGUGAGACAGCAACGUACCCGGAACUAUGUUUUCAGUCUCUGUCUUCUUACGCAAGCGAGAUCAAGAAGCGGCCACUACAGCUCGCCGAGACAGCGCUCGCCGUUAGCAUGGCCCAGGCAAAGUCUGCCAAAACAUAUAUCUCGGACAUGACUGACUACAAAGGAAUCACAAAGAGGCAGCACGAGGCUGUGUUGGACUGUGUUGAAGAAAUGGGAGAUACUGUUGAUAGGUUGAGCAAGUCGCUGAAGGAGUUGAAGAAUCUGGAGGAAGGAGAGAGCAAAGAAGACUUCUGGUUCUGUUUGAGCAAUGUCCGGACGUGGACAAGCGCGGCGCUGACAGAUGAGACCACGUGUCUUGAUGGGUUUGGAGGGAAAGGCAUGGAUGGGGAGCUGAAAAGCUUAGUCAGAGCACACAUUGUGCGUGUGGCGCAAGAUACGAGUAAUGCCUUGGCUUUGAUCAAUGUCUAUGCUUCCAAGCAUUGAAUAUAUUGCAACGGUUUGGUCCUGAGGACUUGAGCUUUUUAUACUUUUGGAUUUGGUUUGUAUUGUGUUUCCAAGAAAUGUGUUUUGGUUUGGUUCCGAGUCAUAUCAGUUUCUCUUGCCACAUUGUUAUAUCAUCUACGGUCUAUAUAGUUUGAAGCUGUUCAUUUUGAUGUUUGAUUGGUGAUAUAGUUUUGUAAGCCAUGAAGAGUAUUUUGCAAUAUUCUCUUUUAAACCCACAGGUUUUGAUAUUCA